CCUCAGUCCGCGCUACUGACAUCAUCUGUACGUCUGCGGUAUAUAACAACAAAUUGUAUACCAUCCGCAUAAGACAGCUUCAACAUAUUUGUUGCGUUCCGUCUGCCAGUUAGUAUCUUUAGGUUUACCGGUGAAAAUGAAGUUCCUCUGUGUUGUAGUGCUACUAAUCGGCGCGGCCAGCUGUAGGAAGCUGCCUUCCUUCAUAGAAAUAUGCCACAGAAAAGAUCCACAAAUCAACAAAUGUUUGCAACGGAACGUUGAGAUUUUAAGGCCACGGUUGAAAAAUGGAAUACCUGAAAUGCAGAUUCCCGGCUUCAACCCCUUGGUGAUUUCUCAAGCUACCCUUAGUGGUGGAGUCAGUUUCGAGGCUAUUUUCAAUAACAUAAGGAUGUAUGGAGCAGAUGAUUUUAUUAUGGACAGGUUUGAAGUCACUACGGACCCAAAGUUCCGUUUUGAUUUGGAUAUACAUUUCGACAAGUUGAGGAUAUUGUCAGAUUACAAGAUUAAUGGCAGACUCCUUGUGUUGCAGCUCAAUGGAGCAGGUCCUGCAGAUGGAAAUUACACAAACGUGAAAGCUCACUUGACAACCGAAGGCGAGCACUACCAGAAGAACGGCAAGGACCACGUACGUUUCGUAGACAAGAAAAUUGAUCUGAGCAUCGGCAGCACGAAUUUGUACUUCGACCACAUCUUGGGUGACAACGAUCAGCUGAAUGUGCAAACCAACCGAAUUAUCAACGAAAACAGUCAAGAGAUUAUUAAGGAACUGUCACCUGUCAUCACCAAGGUUAUCGGAGAAUUCGUCUUCGGCAUCGCCAAUAGGAUCUUCGAGAGAUACUCAUACGAUGAUCUGUUCCCCCUAUAGACUACAAACUAGACAUAGUGAUAGAUUAAGAGUGGUAUGUGAGGAGUGUCUCCACCUGGCAACUAAUAACUUGCUUCGUUGCUUAAGAUGUGGCCAUCCUUACCCGAAUUCAAGCUGACUAUACACACUUAUAAUCAGUAUAUUUUAGAGUGCGAGGCCAGCUUAAACUCAGGAAGGAUAGUAACACUGUAGUGAUUGAUUCGCGUGAAUCGUGGUCGUUUACAUGAGAUGUGUAAGGCGACUCUAUCUCCAGUCCGAAUAGUCAAACUUCAGGUAUUUCUGGUAAUAUAUGACUAGAUAACCAUGUCAGUCAUUGUAGUACAAUAGUAUAUUUAAUAGCGUAACGACCAUGAUCCAGGAUAUAUUAAACAACAACACCUGCACCUUAUUUUGUGGAUUUCAUGCUGUCUAUCUGACUUUUGGAAAAGGUCGGCAUGGUGGACGAAAACAAUAAAAAGUCAUUUAUACAUGUGUGGUUUCAUUC